AUGAUGACAUUAGUAGCAACUUCAAGGAAGCUUCCUAAAUCAAGAAUUGAUAAGCCCCACCAAUGGGAUCGUUUGCUUUUGCAAAUUCUAGUUCUUUUUGUCUUUCAGUUGGGCCAGAUAGUCAUGUCUCAGGCCACCAGUCAAAGGAGAUGGCAACGAAUCCUCCGUUUGGCUCAAGAAAGGAUGUCUACGGCUCAACAAUCCUACGACGAUACCUUACAUACCCUUUCCAUGGUUGCGCUCUAAUG